UGGCAACUCCAUGCGACGCCAUUUCAAAACAAAUGCGCGGCAACGAGCAUUUUUCACCCCAAAUUAGUCUGUGAAAAGUCGCUGGAUAACGCAGAAAAGAAUUUAAAAUGGGAGCCAAAGCAACGAAAAUGGAGGGCGAGUACCUGCCAGACACACCGACACUAAGAAAACUGCGCCUGGCCAGCCAGAGACCCGAAAAUAUGGAAAUGACCACACCGACCCGCGAGCAGAACAACGCUCUGCUCGAUCCCCGCUCCCCGAACGGAUGUCGCACGCCUCUGAACUUUUUGCAGCCCGAGCCGCAGAUGCCGUUUGAGUCUGACAUGGCGCAGCAGGCCACCAGCGAAAAUGCCUUCUCUCAGCUGCGCAAGCGCCUGAUGAAGGGAUUCUCCCUCAGCGAUCCCCGCUCGCCGCAGUUGAAUCGCACGCCGCUAGUGUUGGACGAGGUGCGUUCACUAAACUUGGACGACACCUUUGCCGAUCUCUUUGUGGACACCAGAGCACCGACAACCCGGGCGACAGUCCCUACGCCUCCACAAAUAGCUGCGCCACCUCAAGCGGAUGAGAGCUGUGAUAGCUUUGGUACGCCACCGAGCACCCACAAUAACAGCUCUUUGGAGAUUGUCUCGCUGACGUACGACGAAGAGGAAACCAUGCCUUGCGAGGCUCAGCUGCAGCAGACACCGCCUCCGCCGCCGCCGUCAUCGCAGGUACACUAUGAUCCACGUUCCCCCAGCGUGGGCGUCGACCGUACGCCUAUAAUGUUCUGCGACGACGAGGAUGAAGAAGCACGUGAGGCGCAGAUGCUGGAGCAAAUCCUGGAGACACUGACACUCAAUCUGAGUGCUGGCGGCAGCAGCAUGGCCUCGUUUGCUGACACUGCCGCAGAGCCAAAUGCAGAUCCCUCGACAGCGAUGCCGGCCAACAAGCAUUUAGAGCGCGUCCGUUUGGGUCAUAAGCGCAGGGUGCCGCCACGCAAACCGGCAAGGGCCAGCAAGCCAAAGAUCUACGUCGACCAGGAGGAGGAGUCACCGUCCAGGGGCGGCAUUCGCACACCGACUUCAAACACUACGCCACUAAACGCCCAGAAGCGAACGCCACUCAGUUGUGUCAAGAAUCGUGCCCAUCUCCGUUCUCGUUCGACGGAAAAGGAGCUGCAGAAGACGCCGUUGCCGCUGCAUAGCUUCGACGAUCAGCUGAAUCUGGCGGAAUGCUGCAACUAUUAGCGGUCGUCCGGCGACAACGGCCAUUUACUAACCUAGUUUAGUAGCUACAACUGCCUUUCUAGCCCACCUAUAUAGCACACCAAAUCGUUCAUAUAUUCAUUUUAACAUUAUUCAUGCCUUCAUUUUAAAUUUUAAAUAAAAGAUUUUAUUCGUUUGCAUUUAA